AUGGGUGGAAAUGAUGUACAUCAUUCUACAAGUACUUCACCCAAUAAUAAUAAUGAUGAUAAUGAUCAUGUCAAGAGUAACAAUCAGACAGCUCUAACACUACCGGAUGUAACCAAGAGUAGUCUAUUGAAUGAAAGUGUCGAUAACAAUCCACCGUCGUGCAGAGCAUCCAUAAACAGUUCAUUGGAGACAUUGGAUGUAAUAUCCGAUCAAAGUUCUGUUGUCGAUGAAGAUGAUAAACUACAUGUAUUAUUCUAUCAAGAAAGAUUCGAUAUGGAAACACCACCAAGCUCGUUACAUCAACAAAUUCAACAACAAUUACAACAGCAACAACAUCAACAUCAGCAAGUAGUACCUGAUUUACAAUUGGAAACAACAACGUCAACAAAUGAUAAAGAGAUAAUGGUAGAGAAUGUGGCCGAUGCAUUGUUAUUACAACAGUUGGAAGAUUCUCUGGAGAGUCCAAUCAUUAUUCCAGAGACUAAACCGGUUGAGAGAGCUUCAGUAUCAAUUCCAAGUCUCGAAUUGAACAACAGUAAUAAUAAUAUUAAUAAUAAACAAUUAUUAUAUAAAUAA